CUCGAUAAAUACGAAAGUACAGUACAUAUUUUACCAUAAGUAGAUGUUACCCAUGUAAGGGGACAAGUAAAUAAAAAUGUGUGGCAGAGAGUCUUUAUCGAGACGAUGUGUGCUGGUCAAACAAGUUCCAGAGGAGUUGGAAGAAGAUUGUAUUUACAGUAUUCAUGGAGUAGAAAAGUUCCACCGCCAUAAUGAACUCAGUAUUGGCAGUGGGGAAGUAAGAUGGAUCGUCUUGUUGACAAGCCAAGACGAGGCAGAAAAGCUAAUGAGGGAUGGCCAUGUUACUUUAGAUUCAGAUGGACAGAAGUUGGAUCUUCCAGUUGGAGGCUGUCCAGAAUGCAUCAUUCCAGAUGAGUGGGUGGAGAAUACCCCUACAAGAUUGAGUGCCCCAUUGUCUUUUGAUGAUGAAAUGCUGCAAGACAGUAUAGGAAUGAAGAGUAUAAGAUGUAGAGAGAGAAGCAAAAACCUGGAUGAUUAUGUGAAAGUGGAAAAACCAAUAUCAGCAGAAAAACCAGAAGAAAAGGAAAGCACAGACAAAUAUGUCCCUUCCUUUGUCAUACCUGCUAUAAGUUCUCCAUACAGUCAGUUAAAUCUAUCAGACAGUAAUAAUUCCCAUGUAUACUCUAGUCUUCAGUCACAACAUCCAGGUACCGAGGAAAUGGAAUUUACCAACAUAACAUCAACUGAAGAAACACAAACCUACACACCCAUGUCACCUCCAGCAAAUACAGAUAACUUUCAACCUGCACAAUUCAGCGAUGAAGUCACAAUGAAUAUGUCUAUGACUUCAAAGAGUAGAGAUGAUGAAGACGACCCCUAUCAUACUAUUAAUGAUGUUGCAGUAAGCUCACAUCUGGGUCACGAUGAACCCCCUCCUCUACCCCAGAGGCUGAGUAGAUCUGAGAGCAAGGAAGUUUCCUCUUCAACUUAUAUGAAACCCGCAUCAAGGAGUGGGAGUCAUUAUGACCAACCACAGCCAGUUCUACAUUUAAAGCAGGUGAAUGAAAAACAAACAUCUAGGAUCAAUCCCCAGGAAAAUUCACCUGGUAAAUUUCCUGUAAAUUCUCACUCUACUGCUUCUGGUGCUGAUACUUUAAAAACAGGAAGUGGUGAUAAUGGUGAGUCCCCAUCUGUACCUCAGAGACUUAGCAGAACUCAGGACAGUGAAGUGUCUUCUUCAACAUACAUUGAGCCUGUAUCUACAGGACAGGUCCAGUCUGCACCAAAAACCAAUACCAAGCCUGAUAUUCCACAACCAGGGUUAAAAUCUGAACAAAGCCAUUCACAAGCAUCUGGAAGAAAUUCUUUAGAACAUACUCCCAGCAGUGGAUUUUCAAUGAAUUCUGAAAAAGAUUCUAACAAGAUUUUACAUAAUGCUGAAAGCAAUAUAGAAAGUAUGGCUAGUUAUGGCAAAGACCCUAGUCAGAACCAGGCAACCUCAGCUGUGAUAAAUGAACAGAGGACACCAGGUGGUCAAGCACAGCAAGGACUACUGGACCAGAGAGAGAUGCACAGAGACUCUGGCAGUCCUAUUGUAAGACACCAUGAGCCUGGUAAUCAAAGAACAUCAAAUCAAGAGUCAGGUGGUCAAAGAGAAACAAAUCAAACACCAGGUUCACAGAGAGUAACAGGCCAAGGAAUGGAAAAUCAGACAAACAGAAAUAGAGAAACAGAGGGUCCUGAUGCAGUGUAUCAGAAUUUAGAAAUGUUCAGAAGGCCAGAUCAAGGUCCAAAUCCAGGUUUUAUGAUUGCUCCAACAGGACAAACUAACCAUAUGAAUCCACAAAACCAACAUGGUGCCAUGCCACCAGGACAGACUAAUGGUAUGAUGAAUCCACAAAACCAACAUGGUGCCAUGCCACCAGGACAGACUAACGGUAUGAUGAAUCCACAAAACCAACACGGUGCCAUGCCACCAGGACAGACUAGCGACUAA